AUGAGCUUUUUUUUUAGAAAACAAUUUUUUGGCAUUUUAAAGUGCCAUAAAAUCAUUAGAAUCCGCAGUGAACUAAUGGUAACGAGUACUUUCAUGUUUAAGGUACCGUUCGUUCCCAUCAUACCUGUUGUAAGCAACUUUGUUAAUUCGGUGUUGCUGCUUCAUCUCGCACCUGCCACGUGGAUUCGCUUAAUUAUCUGCUUAAUUGCCGGAUUCUUACUGUACUUUGGCUACGGGAUAAACCACAGUCACGCGGAAGUUGUUUUCAUCGAAGAGGAAAAAUCGCCAUACUCGCUGGAAAAGAAAAGAGAAGCGGUUGCAAGCGAGGAACGCUCUGCAGGGAGUUUAGGAGCCUCACACUGA